CUUGCCCUCGAAAAAUCGCCUUUGUCGCCUUCUACUCUAUGUUGAGUUUUCAUCUUUCUUCUCUGCUUCUUCUUCUUCUUUUUCUGAAUAUUUACUGUGAUCCUCAUUUAUAGUAUUUCUUACUCACAAUUCAAUAUCCCAAUUUUCCACUUCUUCAUUCUCCUCUAAACUCCUAAUACCAAAAUCUUAUUUACAAGGAACCAUGGAAGUAGCAAAAGUUUAUGAACCUUCUAACAAUGCCUUUCUACUUCCAAAUGAAAUUCUUCCCCCUACUUCUAAUUGGGUCUCCAACUCUUCCCCAAUUUUCCAUGGCUCUGCAUCCAUGGUUAAUUUCGACCAAGGCCAAGUACAAAAGGCUAAAAAGAGGUCAUUUUUCCCUCAACUUGAUAAAGAAGAUAACAGCAGCACCGGCGGCGAUGACAAUUAUGAUGUGUGCUUUCACCAAACUGAAAAGAAGAGACGACUGUUACCUAAACAAGUUGAGUUUCUUGAGAAAAGUUUUGAAGUAGAAAACAAGCUUGAACCUGAAAGGAAAGUACAAUUAGCUAAAGAAAUUGGAUUGCAGCCUAGGCAAGUUGCUAUUUGGUUUCAAAAUAGACGAGCACGGUACAAGACUAAACAACUUGAAAAGGAUUAUGAUGUUCUCAAAGCUAGUUUUGAUAAACUCAACACUCAAUAUGAUUGUCUCUUCAAAGAAAAUGAAAGCUUGAGAAAUGAGGUCCAUUUACUUAAAGAGAAGUUGAUGAACAGAGUAAAAGUGGAUGAAAAUUCAGAACCCAUUAGUCCACUUGAACCUCAAAAUCCUAUUGUGGUGGUGUGCAAACAAGAAGAAGCAAAAAGUGACAUUCUUGAUUCAGACAGCCCACGUUUUACUGACGGGGAUUACACUUCUUUUUUGGAACCUCCUGAGACAGAACCCUCUGAUUUUUCUCAAGAAAAUGAAAGCAGGACUCUUCUUCCUCCACUAUGCUUCCCAAAACUUGAAGAAGAUCAUCAUCAUGACUUACCAGUUAAUUCUUGCAAUAUGGGUUUUCAAAUUGAGGAUCAAUCUUGGUUCUCACAUUAUUGAGUUUUCACUUCAAGAAUUACUGAGAUAUAAAGGGUGUUAAAAAAGCCUUUUCCAUUUACAUCAAUAAUAUGUUGUAUAUAGGGUCCAUUGGGAUGAGAUUAAGAUCUUUGAUUGUUCCAAAAUGUUUCAUUGGCCCUUUGUUAAGCUCAAACACAAA